UAGGCAGAGAGAGAGAGAGAGAGAGAGAGAGAGAGAGAGACAGAGAAGGGUACUGUAGUGUUCCCGUUAGGUAAGAGGAGGGGAGGAGUAAAAGGAGGUGGAGAGGAGGAGACAGGGAGGUGGGAGUGAGUAAGAGUGUGGGACUGCCGCACAGAGAAGGAAAAUAUAGAAUCCAGCCUUGGACAUUCCCAGGCUUAAGGGUGGAAGUCAAGAGAGGGGAGGCCUGUUUUUACCCACUGAUGAGGAGAGGAGAGAGGAGAUCUGAACUCCUUGGUGGAGAUUUGAAGGAGGUCAUGGAGGCUGUUGGACUGUAACUGAGGAGGAAGAAAGUUGACUUUUUUUUUCCUGGGUGGAGGAUGUGGAAGGGAAGCAAAUGCAGGAAAGAAGUUGAGGACUAUGUAGGAACUCCAGACUGAAGUCAUGGGUUCGGAGGCGAUGGAGGACUGCGUCCAGGGGGCACUGUCGUCACUUUAUCCCCCUUUUGAGAGCACAGCGCCACCUUUACUCUCCCAGGUUUUCUCAGUCCUUGAGUCAACCUAUCAACAUGACAGUCUUCGCUACCUCCUGGACUACUUUGUUCCUGCCAAGCACCUCCUGCACAAACUGCAGCAGCAUGCCUGUUCUCAGUAUAUUGGUUGCUUGUUCCUCCACUCCGGUUGGCCCUUAUGCCUGGGCGAGAAAGUAGUGGUCCAACUUUCCACCUUGGACUGGAGGCUCCUUCGCUGCAACGACUUCUACCUGCAGGUUGUACCCUUUUCUACACGCUGCCCCCGACUGGCUCUGAAAUGUCUGGCACCUGGGGGACGCACUGUUCAGGAGAUAUUGGUGCCCGAAUCGCAGCACCCUCUGGUGUUCACAACUGAGUGGCUGCACAGCAUCAAUAAAGAACGAGGCCACAAGAGAGAAGUUGGAGGAGGGCUUGACACCUGUCUGGUAAGCACAUGUGAUGGUGUGCUCCGCCUUCCAUGGAAGGAGGUCGUCUACCCAAAAUUCAUCCACGACCCUUCUGAGGAAUUAGGCCUGAUGUCAAACUGUGAUGGAUCCCUGUCCAGCCGUUUGCCCAGUGAUGGAGGCAGCAGCCUUGGAGGAUGGGGUGGCUCAUCAUCUGGGGAACCUGACUCCUGGUCCUGGGAUGAGGAGGAAGAUGAUUUACCUCCAGAUGGUCUGGAAUCUGAGUCUGCACUUCCCCGAAGAAGGCGCAGUGAAGAUGGUCUUGGAAGGACAGCUAGACAGCCUGAACUUGAUGGAGACUAUGUUGAGCUGCUGGAGCCCAGAGGGGGCCCCGAUGGAGGAGUUGACCCUAGGCAAAGGUACCUGGAAAUGCAUGGGAUCUCUAAGACCAAGACUUUGCCUCUGUGUAGAAGAGGUAAAGCAAUCAAACUCCGAAAGGGCCGAGCUUGGGGGUAUGGAAGAGUGGACAGGUCAGGAAGUUUUCGGGCAGUUACCAACAAAAGUGAUCGGUUGCUCCCCCAGCCUCCAACAGGAGCAGUUGAACCGGGCAGGGGAAGAAGGUCUUACUCCUCCUCUGUCCAAGACUCUGACGAAGGUGAUAAACUGAGAAGGGACUAUGAGGCUUUAGAAAGUGGACUUUAUUUUGAUGGCCAAUUCAAAGAAAGAAGACCAGGCGUUGGCAAGGAGCGAGACAGCAAUGGGCUUUCACAGCCAUGCAGAGAUGAACCCAAAAGUAAAGACUGUGAGAGUGGAGACACCUUGGUUACCACCAAAACCCACUACUCAACAAACCACAAAUUCGUAGAGGGCCACUCAGAUAAUGGGUUUCACUCCGACUCAGUUUUUGAGGACACUGACAAACCUCUGAGUGGGGACAGCGAUGCCACAACACCAACAUCAGACGCACCAGAGAAGCUGUUUACUGGAGUCUCAGAAAGUAAAGAACUUUCUAACAUUGACUCCAAAAUGAAGAGUACUACAAGCUCUAAUGCAGCAGAGGAAGGAGAUGAAGAAAAGACAGAGGACAGAAUGUGUCCUAGAGGAAAGGAGGUGAAAACUGCAGGAUUCAGAGCACCUAGGCGAAAAAGGAGGGGAAAGGGGGCCAAAGGAAAAGCUAAGUCUGGUGGCCGAGUACACCAGAGAGGCUUGAAACAGCAAAACAAAGCACCUCAGUCAGGUCCUACCAACCACUCAACCCUAACAAAGCUGCCUAUCAAAGAAAAGACCCAGACCAAACCGACAGAGCAGGCUGACAAACUUGAUGAAGUGGCCAACGCUGAUGAUGUGGAUACUGGAGACAAGAAAAGCACUGAAGGGUCUGAAACCAAAUUGUUGCCUGUUUGCAACGGCCAAUCAGACACAUCAUCUAUUAAUGAGUCUGGGUCAGCGGAGAUAUCUCCCGAUCAAGUGAACGGCGUCAUGUCUAAAGAACCUCCAUUGCUCAGGGAAGUGGACACUGAUCUUCUGCACUCAGGGAAGCUGAAGUUGACAGGUACUGUGGACAGGCUGGGACGUGCAUUGGUCAUCAUAGAGAGAGAUGAAUCACAGGAGGGGGAGAAAUUCUGCGAACAGGAGAUGGCUCGGGUUCUGGCCUGCUACCACAGAAUCACGCGGCCAGCUGCCAAAGAAAAAGGUCUCACUGUGCUAAUGGACAGCAGACGAGCCCCACCCUCUGUCCACUGCCUCUCUCUCCUUAAAAUGUUCCAGAACUUGGUUCCUGGAGGUCUAGGGUCCCUUCUGGUUUUGGUGGAGGAGCAGCAGGAGUCUUUUUCUCAUGAUCUGGAAGGAGCUGAGAUCCACGUGGUUCUGGGAACAACUGUCCUUCAGCAGUAUGUGGACAAGCAGCAGCUGCCGGUGGAGAUGGACGGAGACUUUGUCCACUGCCAUUUAGACUGGCUGACAUUCAGACUAAGCCUGGAGAGUUUGACUGAACGUUGUGAGAGCGCCCUCUCACUGCUGGAUGAGGCACUGCAGUCCAUGGAGGCUCAGCCAAUGCCGGACAACAUCAAGAACGUUCCUCUGAGUAUUGACAAACACCGACAGCUCAUGGCCAAUGUCUUGGCUGACCAGCGGUUAACGGAGCUGCAGCAAAGGGGCGGAGCCUGGCUUGCAGGACUGACCAAUAGCUCGUCUAGACUGCCUCAAAAGUCACCAGACUGCAGGGCUGCUCUUGCUGCAACCUCCAAACUCUACGACAGCGUGGAUGACGCCCUGCAUGGAUUGGUCCGAGUUUCCAAUCAGAGGGGACGGGACCUGGAGGCCCUUGGACGACUAGCGGGACUGGUGAACAAACUGGACAAGUGUGAUAAGGAGAUUGAACGAGUGCAGUCACAGCUGGAGGAUUACAAGGAGCCUCCACUGUCGCUCAGCAGACUUUCACUGAAGCAGCAGAAGUUUAAGACAUUCCGAGAAACAGCCAACGAUCUUCACAGUGAGACACUGUCUGUGCUCAACGACUUGGAGAACUGGUGUGAGCUGGACUGGGUCGGACUGAGUGAGGUCCAGAUCCGUCUUCCUCCAGUGAGAGAGAAGCUGAGAGACAUGUCCCACUGUCUGUCCGACUGCUGGACAACACUGGACAACACACAGAGGCUGCUGUCCACGCUGACAGAGGCCACUCAGUGGUGUGAUGCAGUCUCCACCACCUCCUCCUCUCAAUCCCAAACAGUAAACACCUGCCCCCUGGCGUCUUUACCUCCAAUACCCCCAUCACGCUUCCAGGAUGCUCGGUCCCUGGCCAUAGAGCUGGGAGGUGGGGCCCUGCUGGACCUGUGGACCCAGACUGUAGAACGUUACCAGAAGACUGUAGCGCAGGUGAAGCCUCGGUUCCUUCAGACAGACAGGGGCCAUAACCAGGGUCAGGGCAGACCUAAGACUCCCUCUGCCAACAGUCUGUGGGAUCUGAUGGGUCAAGAGGGAGAGGGAGACUGGGGUCUGGGAGCUGGAGGAGGUGAUGGGGGGCUACAGUCCUGGGGAUCCUUGGCAUCACUGUUCAGACCACAGACCUGCUCCACCCUGAAGAUUGGAGAAGAUAAGGGGAGUAAGAAAGAUGGAGCAGGAGGAGGAAGUGGAGGAGGAGCAGGAGGAGGAAAGUUCCUGCAGAACCUACUGAAUCCUGGGAAGAAAAGUCCAGAGGCCUCACUCCCCACCAAACCCCCAAGAAAACGACACCCUAGUUUUGACCUCCAGGCCCUGCUGGCACCACGCAGAGGUGCUUCCACCCCUAAAACCCCCGAGUCUCCAGUGGUCGGAACUAACCGGAACUCCCCCAUGUCGUGGUUGGGCAGACGGACAUUGGCCGACCCAGUUAUUGCAACUGGGAUGGCAGCAGCUGUACCAGGAUGGAGCAGCGGUGGAGGAGGAGGAGCAAGUGGAGGCGGAGGGGUGUUGAUACGAGGAGUGGAGGUCAGCAGUAAGGAGGUGGUGGACCACACAGGGUCGCCGAGGCAGCACGUGCUUCUGGGAAGGACAGAGAGGGAGACGGGCACAGACAGAGCCGGGUCAACCACUCAAAGUAAGCUCUACCUGCUCUGGUGCCGUAUGCUCAGUUCAGAGAGGCAGUAUGUGACUGUGCUCAAGGGCGUGGAGGAGACAUACCUCCCUCUGCUGGAGCUCUCAGACACUCCAGCCCCUAUCAGGGGCAAAGGCGAAUCCCUGUUCCCCAACUGGGCCGGCCUGAGCUCCUUCCACUCGCAGAACCUUCUCCCUGCCAUGGAGGGCGCUCUUGUACAGAGCCUGCUGCAGCAGGACUGCUUCAGCAAAUACAGGGAUCAGUUUCUCCAGUAUUCACACUACAUCAGAAACAAACCAGAGCUGGACUCUCCCCUGGUCACACAGGCGGCUGAAUUUUUUAAGUCCAAACUCCCCGCUGCCUCCCCUCUGUCCCCCCUCUCCUUCCCUCACUGCCUUCAGGCUCCCACUCAGCGCCUGGAGCAGUACUGUGAGGCCCUGGAGGAGCUGGGAGGGCUGAACUCCACCUCUGACUCCGCCCUCUCCAUCCUCAGACACGCCCAGCGGCACGGCGAGGACCUCCGGGCCAGUGACCUCAUCACCGGAUGCCCGACUCCAACGUCAGAGCGCGGUGAUCUGGUUCGUCAAGGCGAGCUAAUGGUGUGUGGAGGUGCCCGCAGGAAAAGGACAGGCAUCAGGAAUGUUUUCCUGUACCAAUACGUGAUCAUUUUCACCAAAAAGAAGAGCCCUGGGCCGGGACGCAUCGCCUACAGCUACAAACACAGCAUCAAGACCAGUGAAAUGGGUCUGACCCAGAGUGUUGGUGAAGACGGGCUCAAGUUUGAGGUCUGGGUUCGUCAGGCUCCAAGAACCAAAGACUGUGUCACGCUGCAAGCACGGGACAGGGAAGACAGGCAGGCCUGGACCCAUGAUGUUGCCCAGCUACUGUGGACCCACGCCAUCAACAACACAGAAUUAUGCCUGAAGGAGUCUCUCUGCAUGGGCGUCUCCAGUAAACUGCUGCUGGACGCAACAGGAACUCCUAUUUCAGAACUGGACUCCAUCUACAGCCUGAACGACAGAGUCCACAGUAGCUGCUCAGACUCCUCCUCUGUCGGCAGUCAGAAGGAGGGGGGAUCCCCGGCCUCUGGGAGGGACCCAAGGAGAAGCUCCGGCUCAGCGAGCUUCUCACAGGGUCAGUCGCCCUCUACAGCUGUGUAACUGUCACUGUCACCACAGAACUGGACCAAUUCAAUCAUCUCUCUUCCACCUGUGGCCAAGCCCAACCGGACUACAGGGAGCAGGUGGUCAUGAAAGGAGACCCUGAGCCUCUGUUUGAACUUCUUCCACAUGCUUGCUCCCAUUUAUUACAGCUCCUAAAACAAAUACGGAGACGGCAGAUUAUCUGGAGCAUGGCUGCUGCUCUGCUCUCUCCCACUUUUCUGUUAACCCUUCUGGUUCCCUUUAGAAAGCAAACACUGCAUCUUAAAAGGAUCAAAACUGGCCCAGUUCAAAAGCCUGACAAGCACCAGCAGGGGCUCCUUGCACUCCGCCAUUUUGGAUCUGCCACUCUCAGUUUCUGGCAGAGUCGCUGACACUGACGGCACUUCAGCCACAACAGUGCAGCCAUUGUCCACCCUGCGGCUUCCCGCUAAGCCAAACCACUUGGUUCAAACCAAUGACUGCCUUUGACUGAACGUAUCACAUGCUCCAGCAUCUGAAAAUAAACAGGAAGUAAUAUGCAGGGUGUAAAUCCAGAUUAGAGAAUCCAUUGUGUACUUAUAUCAUAUAUCAUAUAUCAACUGUAUUUUCUUUUCUCCCUGUGUACAAACAUUAGAGCGGCCAAGCCUAGGUGUGAUUGCAUCUAUGUAAAUGAGGCUGGGGCGGUGUGUCCGCGCGCGCACACACACAGACACAGACACACACACACACACAUACAAACGGAGACAUGCAGUGUCUGUCAACACAUGCAGUCAUUCUCGUUGUUACAAGACAGUGGAGACACUGUUCACAUUCACAUGCCUGCACAUCCUCACUGUGUUCAUGUUAGAGUCUGAUGCAGUGGCUAAAACCAACGACGGGCGAGGUUACACAUCAACGCCUCGACAACGAACCCCAACGUCUUAGACUAUCAUAAUUCACUGCUAUAUGUCACAUAAACAUUUCUGUAUGAUUAUUGUAAUUGAUAAUAUUAUUAACCAUUGUGUUUGAUCCAAAGUCGAACUUAUGUUUAUAACAUUAGCAUCAUCUUAAAGAUGUUUGGGUUUUUUUUUUCUGUUAAUGACUUUAACCUCAUACUUUCUCAGUAUACAAUGCUACGGUAGUGUUCCAAAGGUAUAAAAGGGUGUCUGUGCAAUGUGGGUUUGUGUACAAAGAGGUAUUUUCAUAUCAUUCAGCUUUUAAAGUGGAGUAGAUGGAUUACAAUGAACAGAGGUGGGUCUGUUUUUAUCUUCUUUAUGAACAGUAUAUGAUCCAGUUUUACUGGUCCUGUCUUUGCUGCCAGAAAACAUGAACCUUAUCUGUUUGUGCGUCACGAAAUCCGAUCAAAUGUGAUUUCUAGGUCAGGUCCCACAGAGAGGUUUCCCUCAAUUUGUUCCCCCCAGUUUUGUUAAAAAGAAGAGUUUGUUCUUUGGUGUCGAGUGUUAGCAAAGACCACUGACGCUAAAAGGCCGAUGUGUAGCUUAAACAAACAGCUGGUGAUCUAAAAGUAGAUGGAAAUACUUUUCUGUCUAAACAGAAAUCAGCUGCUAGGACCUGGAUCCCACUUCUCAACAUGAUACUGUGUUGUUUUAACUGUGUAAACACGCCACACUUUGUUUUUCGCUAAAGAUGUCUGCUAUAAGCUAACGCUAAAUGCCAUUUAAAGCAUUAAUACAUGGACUUCUUAGGGUGUACAAGAAUUGAAACCUUCAAGUUUCAAAAUUAGCAUAAAGCUACUUUGAUAAAAGACAAACAAGUAAUUAAAUGUUAUUAAUUGUAAUAAAAGCACACAGAGCAGGUUGUUAUCUGUAGUUUACAGCAUUUUGGUCAACUAGCUUGCAGUAUUACAGUAGUAUUACAGUAUUACACUGCCACCUGUUCGACAUAGCUUUAUCAUUCGCCAAAGAUACUGUAUCUACCAUUGCAGCGAUAAGGUUAAAUUCACAACCUUCAUUUUAUUGUGUACUUUGUAUGAGUGUUGAAAUAUAACAAACAAAAGGUUUUUUUUUUUUUAAUUAUUCCUAGGUUUGCAUUACUUUAAUGCAUAUGUCAUUUAAUGGAAAUUUGUAACAUGAGCCAAAUUGUAUGUGUAAGGAUUUGUCUGUGGGUUCUGAUUCAGUGUUUGGAAAUGAUUCCAUUAUAUAAACCCUGUCAAUUUAUGUAUUGCGGCCAGAGAAAUGGUUAUAAUAUAAUAUUUUUUAUGCAAAGCUGUAGUUCAUAUUUUAUGGCAGCCAGGAUGCUGUGAGUAAAACCAAUCAACAACCACUUACAGCUCUGAUUGUACGAACCAUGCAUCAAAAAAAACAACACACACACACACACACACUUGAGGUACAAUGUGAUUUCUGCAUGGUAGGGAGAGCAGACAACAGCAGUGGCUGUGGUGGCGGGAGGAGGCCGUGCACGUGUCUGCACACAACGGCGGCACUUUGUCAACCGUUAUCAGAUUUAGCACGUCUCAUAUCUGCAUCCAAAUUCAGAAAUUGCAAAUGGCUAUUGAGCUGUUUCUGAAUCAAUAUGUAAUUUGUUGGCUCGCAGUGACUCCCGUACCAUCGCCACCACCCUCCUCCUCUCAAACUCCACGGCCGUAUACUUCAUAGCCUUUAGCUGUUUGGUACAUUGCGUGUUAUUGGAAGCGAUUUAAUGAACACCAUCUUUCAUUCCCACUGCAGUAUAGAUUGUCAUAUGCAGAAAUCUCUCACGUCUGUUUCACCAAAGUAGUAAUUAUGUACAGAAACUUUUCUAAUGCUAUAUAUUAUAUUCUCCUACUUAUAAAUAUAUAUAUGUAUAAUGACACCAGGCCAUGAUGUUUACAUAUUUUGAAAAUGUUGAAAACACAUGUAAUGCUGACUUGAUCUUUGUACUUUUUACUCCUUAACAUGUGUGUUUUCAAUGUGUUGAAGUAAAACUGGAUGGAA